UUUAAAAUAGUAAAAAUAAAUGUUCUAAAGUUGUUCAUGCAAAAGUCUCAAAAACUAAGUAGGCGCCUGUGUCAGCCUUUCUGAAACAACUGAAUGUGCCAUUGUUUGACUGAAUGUGUUAUUGUUUGAAAGCUUAGAAAUAUGGCCACCAGCAAUGUGGUUCUUCAAAAAAUCAACAUAAGAAACUUGGAUCCCAACUUUGAAAACAUAUUAAUUGUUGGGAUUAUCAUUGGUAAGCAAAGACCUAGGAAAUUUGCGGAUACAAAAACUGCAGUAGAGGUAUACAAGGGUGUCUGGAAUUUUACCUUACGCGAUUCUCCCCAGGAUUAUAUUAACAUAACAUACUGGAGUUCUAGUGAAGCAGUAUUUCAAGCAAAUGAUAAAUUUCACACUGGUGAUGUUGUGGAAAUAGUGAAUCCAAGAGUAAUAGUUAGAAAAAUUAAUGAUUACGGUGAACAAUUUCGUCCAAUGGUGACUUCUCCAUUUUCAUUAUCUUUAAAUGAACAAUCUGCGAUUGUGAAACAUGACGGUGAUCCUAGGCGUUAUUUAUGUUUACUCAAAUAUCCAACUAAACCGAUUGCUGGAUUUUUACCUAUAAGAGAUGUUCAUAAUCGAGGGGACGCUAUAAAAGACUCAUAUGUAGAUAUUUUGGGAGUCGUGAGAGGCCUCGGUUCGAUUCGCACUGUCACAGCAAAGAACAGUGAAAAUCUACAAGUCCGCACAGUAGAAGUGUUUGAUCAUACUGCACCUAGUUUAAAAAUAGAAAUAUGGGAUCCUGACAUCAUACUGAAGUCUUACAACUGGAAACCUCGUUUUACUGCCGUAUUUUUCACUGAUGUACGUAUUUGUUGGUCAGGUUUUGAAAGAUCGUUCGUAGCAAAAGUUACAUCUCGUACCAUAGUAACAGAGAAUCCAGAUGGGCGUGAAGUCCAUCUCUUACUUAAUUAUGCCAAAACUGCGCCGAUAGAAACUUUUGAAAUCAUUGACCACCUGUUAAAGGAACUGCCUAAUCCAAAUAGUAUACAAGACGUAAUGAGCAUAAAGCAAGUCCAAGAUAAAAUAAACCAUAUCCAAGAAACUGCUUCGAAUACUAAGCAGUUCAUGGCGUUGACAUAUUCCUUUGUUACUUCUCUGGAUUUGGACGGUCUUUCCAGAACGCUAACAAUAAAAUGGUUUAUAAAAGAAAUAACUGAGAUAAACAAUGGUUUCCAUAAUUUUUUUUUUAGUGGUCAUUGCCAUUUAUCGAUGAACGGUGGACGAUGUGAGAAUUCGGAGUGCCCUACGGUGUUCGAAAACGUGGUUGUUGAGCCUGAAAUCAACUUGGAUAUAAGGAUUAUGUUAACAGACCAUACUGGGACCCUGACAAACUGUCGCUUCAGUGGACAGGUUACCGAACAAGCGUUAAACUGCACAGCUAGGGAAUUUUCUAAUAUGUCCGACGAUGAAAAGUGCAAGUUGAAAUGGAAAUACCUGAUGGAACGUUGCGCGGUACGCAUUGCCGUAUUGUUCAUCGGACGGCAGACUCCGAUAAUCUCGGUGCUAAGCCUGAGUAGGGCAAAUGCCCAUGAAGUAGCCAGCAAGCUACCAGUUUAUUAAAGUUUUUAAUGUGUU